UUUCUGAUCUAAGAAGGCUUUUAUUCCGGAAAAAUUAGGUUUCGCUUUUAUUUUCGUAAAAUCAUUUAAUACCCUUACUUCCGAUAAGGUGUGCGUAGUUAUUAAUUGUAUUUCAAUUUCAAGCAACAGUGCUUGUCUAAAUAUAAAUAGCUUACAUCUUAGUGUCAUUAUAAUCGAUAUAACUUAAAUAACUAUAUUUUUUUGUCGGUAAUUUGUUAUCAUUUUGUCAACAAAGUUAUGAGAUAGUAAGAGGCCAAAAUGUCAUUAGAAAGAGAAACAAUGGGUGUUAUGCCACCCAUUUCCGUUGGCAGCGGUCCACUGGAUCCUCGCUCACAGCUGAUACAAGAAAUGAGAGACCAGAAUUUCGAUCUCAUCAGAUUCGCUUCAUACAGGACGGCAUGUAAACUCCGAUUUGUUCAGAAGAAAUGCAACUUACAUGCAAUCGAUAUAUGGAAUGUCAUAGAGGCAUUCAGAGAGAAUGCUCUAAACACUCUUGAGCCGACAGCCUGUGUGAAUGUCACGAGACUUGAGACACUGGUGUCGUCACUGUAUCAUAACUUAAACAAGAGGCUACCUCCCGCUAACCAAGUGUCGGUGGAAGCAUGUUCGGCGUUGCUAUUGAACUGGCUAUUAUCAGCAUUUAGUACUGGCGAGAAUGUGGGAAAGAUAAGAGUUUUUUCUAUCAAAGUGGCAUUAGCAACGAUGUGUGCCGGCAAGCUGAUGGAUAAAUUGAGAUACAUAUUCUCCCAACUCUCGGACGGUAAUGGUCAUUUACUUAUGAAGAGGCUCUCAGACUAUCUGCGGGAAGUGUUGGCUUUACCGGCAGCGGUUUACGAGUCACCAUCCUUCAGUUACAAUGACAAUCUAGCUAUGGCUAUAUUUAACCAGAAUGUCAAAAUAACGGUCAAUGACUUCUUAGACACACUGAUGUCGGAUCCGGGACCGCCGUGUCUUGUGUGGCUACCGUUACUCCACAGACUGGCUAGCGUUGAGAAUGUGGUGCAUCCCCUCGCCUGCAGUGUGUGUCGUCGUGGUUCUCUGACUGGGUUCCGUUACCGCUGUACACGCUGCGCCGCCUACACCCUCUGUCAGGACUGCUUCUGGCGGGGUCACGUGAGCCCCCCGCACAGCAAUGACCACGAGGUCAAAGAGUACGCCACCUACAAAUCUCCAUCUAAGCAGAUCGGUGCGACUCUUCGUAAGUCAUUCCGCUGUGUUCCCGAGCGAGCGCGACCAGCCCUUCCGAGGUAUCCCGACCAGCCGGAGCGGACACUCAAUUUAAGCCAUAUUGUUCCACCGUCACCAGUGCCGGCUCACAACGGCUUCCCGGAGUACACUGGCUACAACACCGGCUCAUUGGACAGUCGUUCAUCAAGAUCGACACAUAGAAGCAUAGCUGAACACCUCUCCCGGGGGGUGGAUGACGAGCACCGUCUCAUAGCGAGAUACGCCGCCAGACUCGCGCACGAGAAUAGAACUAUGCCGAGAGCUGGGAGGUCUGCAUCUUUGACUCCUGAAUUGGGCCGCUCGUCGUCCGAGGGCUCGGAGGUGGAUGCUGCGAGACAGCAGCGAGAACUGAUAUCACAGCUGGAGGCUAAGAACAGGGAGAUCAUGAGAGAGAUAGCUAGACUUAGACGUCAGCAGGAAGCGGAAGCGUCUAGCGGUAACGCCCCUCCCUUAGUUUCCGAGCUACGAGCGUUAAGACAGAGAAAGGACGAACUAGAAGGACACCUGUCCUCACUCCAGGAGUCCAGGAAACAUCUCAUGCACCAGCUCGAGGGGCUGAUGAGGAUGCUUAAGACCCAGCAAUCCAGUCCUCGUUCGACCCCAAACUCAUCACCUCGAUCCACGAAAAGCCCCCCACUGCCGGGGUCGCAACCCCAACCGUCAGCCCCUGACAGGGAGUCCCGGGGCGCGGUCCGCAGCGCUCCGCAGACACCCUCGCUGGGGGAGAGGGAGCGGGUCGACAUGACCCACAGUCUGGGUGCCAUGGAGAGUAUGGGAGCUGAUUCCAGAAAUUUCCAUAAAAAUCAAAGACCCACCACAAUGGGCAUAGACAACAGGAGUCUCAGAAGCGAUCUCCUAUACGCUGCUGACUCCGUCACAAACGCCAUGUCGACUCUAGUACGGGAACUCAAUUCUGAGGGAUCGGACGCUGAAGACACGGUCAAGGGGCAGCGGGAGAGAACACGGAGAGACUUCGAGGAGGACGACGACAGUGACGAGCCCAUGCCGCGCCCGCAGCUGCCGAGACACUACAGACACGACAACAACGUGCAGAGCAUGCCACCUAGUGUUACUUCAUGAGUUCUAGAGGAUACCCCUCCUCCGCUACCAGCUCGCAGUGGACACUACUUCCCUCGUACAUAGCUUCAAGGAUUUGUAAUCUUUAUUUCCUAACACAUAGAGCUGUCAUUCGGUACAUACUAAACUAUUUUUAAUUAAGUUUAUACCAAAAACAUCUCUAUAACUAUCAUAAUAAAGUCGAUUUUAUCUGAAUUGUUACUAGAGAAAAACAUUAAAACAAUCUAUGAUCCACACUGUGAGGUUGCAAGGUUGAGUCCUUGCAAGAAGGUUAUAGUGUUUAUGAAAGACAUUUUUUUUUUAUAUAUGUAUAUGAAAUUAUAAAUUACUUCAUUUUAUUAUAACUAUUAUAUAAGUAUAGGAAUUGUAAUAUUAUCUUAUUAUUACGCAUAUACAAGUUGAGGGAAUAAAAAAAAUAAACAAAAAAAAAUAUCCGCUACACACAGACUGAUAUAAUAUAUGAUACAUUAAUCAGCAAAAUAUACCAAAAAAAAAAAGCCCGAAAUUUAUUUUUUAUAUAAAAACCGUUAACAAUAAAUAUAUAAUCAUACAAUCAUCAAAACGGAUCGCUCCUUAAGGAGGUGGAUACAAGAUGGCGCCACUGUCUUUAUUUGAUCAGUAGUUGUCUUCUGAUUUAAUAAAUCUAUAUUAUAAUUGUUACUUACACAUAAUUUAGUGUUAGAAGUUUUUUGUUUCGGCUGUAAGGGUCUAGUCCUCAUUAUUUUUUAAUUAAAAACAUAAUUCCCUUUUUAAUUUCCGUCUUCCAUUAGUCAAUUCCUUCCUUGAUGUACAAAAUAGUCAAUUUAUUCUUCCCUACCCAUAUCUGAUUAUAUCAAAUCUAUUUUGAAAGCCCCUUAAUAUUUUAAGCGUUUUUUAGUAGUAAAAUAUUUUUUUAAUCUAUACGUCACAUGUCAAAACUGACAGCUUCCAAUUUGAGCAAAAUCAUUAUUUAUUUUUUUUAAUAUAUAAAACUUAUUGCUCAUUAUAUGUUCAAGACUGCGUUCACCACCGAACUGUGAAAUGCCAAAAGUUUUUAAACCAAAAUUAUUUUAUACAAAUUGGCGGCAAAAGUAGGUUCUAACGCAUAUUUUAAUCCCAACCAAUCUUAUAAUGAGGUUUUAUUGAAAAUAUUAAAUUAAUAUAAUAUCUUAUGACAAAAGUAUAUCAGUAAAUUCGUUUUGUCUCACUUUAUUUCUAUAUAAUAUCUUUGAGAUAUAAUUUGAAAUUAUGAGAAAUCAUAAAUUAUUUCUAACCAGUCUGUAAAGUAAGUAUAAGUUAGUUUUUUUUUUAUUUUGUUAUUACCUUUGUUGUUUAUUUAGGAUAAGAUUUUUUAAGUAACAUGUUUUUAAAACUGUCAUUCAUGGAUAAGUUUAUUUUUAAUGCACUAUCUUUGCAAUGCUUAUGUGACAUGUUUGGUACAAUAUAAAAUAUUAUAUUUGAUUAUAUCAGUGAUUUAUAUGUAUGGUAAGGUUGGAUAUCAUUUAAGUAUUUUAAACACUAUCGGUACAUGUGUUAGAGGUAUUAGUGCUUGUAUUAUUAUAGAUGUUGCAUAUCAUUUAAUGUAGGAAUUGGGUGCAAUAGCGGCGCGGGGAGACCAGGACGUUCCAUUCUGUUAGAUAGUUAAUUUAAUACCAUGUAUCCAAAGUGUAUGACUGAUGGGCGGCGUGUUGUAUACAGACAUACAUACAUAUAUAUAUAUAUUUAUAUAUAUAUAAUAAAUUGAUUAUAUUCAUCUCCGAAUGAUUAUAUUUUCGUUCAAUCGUAUAUAUUUUUUUCUCAGCAUAAUAAAUGUCAUUUCAUAUUCAUAUAGUGCUAUGUAACAAAUAUAUAUAUAUAUAUAUAUUUCAUACACUCCCAAAUAUCCUAAAAUUAAUACGCAAUACGAGUAUGUGAAUUGUAUAAAACGCGCCCCACCGCCAGUCCGUUAAUCGUUAAGCGCGUACUUAUUUAUAUACUUAAUGAAUUCCAUAGUUAAUAAGUUUUAGAUUUUUUAAUGCCACAUGUCGACAUAUAAUCAGAUAUUUUGAAUCCACUAUACGUAAGUCAUAGUAUUUUGUACUGUUAGAUUUUCAUAAUCUAGUUGUAGUUUCUAUACCAUAGAGCACAAAAUGUAUCGGCGUACAUAUAUAUAUUGUAUGUUUAUAAAUUUGUUCACGUGUAUUAAUAAAUGUGUUUUUCCUUUCGGUCAUGGUCAUAGAUGGUCCCGCCUGAAAACGGUGUACACGUUCAGUAAGGUUGUGAUGUCAACGAGAAUAGACAAGAGAUUUAUUUAAUGUAUAUAUGGUAUCUGUGGACCGUGUCUAGUCUGUGGCCGUUGAUGGCUGUCAUUGCGAUAGCAAACAUUCCAUUGCUUGUG